AUGCGCGUCGUCAUCGCGUCUCCCAUCGCCGCGCGCGACGCCCUCGCGCGCUCGCGUUGCGCUCACGUCGAUGCGACGUCGACGUCGAGCUCGGCGUUCGUUCCGACGCUUCGUCGACGUCGCGCGUCCUCGGUGAGACUCGAUCGAGGGCUCAAGACGUCGCGAACGACGACGACGCGAGCGAGGAAGGGCUCGACGACGGAGCGCGACGCGAGAGAGGCGCCGAGCGUGGGCGGGGGGUCGAGUGAAGGCGGUGGCGGAGCAAAGGCGGCGGCGGAUGCGGACUUCACCAAGUGGUUGCUCGAGCGCGAGCUUCCGAGCAUGGGGAGGAAGACGAUGAAAUCGCUCUCGUCAUUACCGCUGGCAAUCGGGGAGUUGAUCGUCAUCGCCGGUUUCUCGGCGCUAGGGACGGUUAUUGAACAGAACAAGUCGUACGCGUGGUACGCGGAAAACUAUCCAACGGAGAAUCCGACGUUUGGUUUCAUCGAUUUUCCGUUGAUUCUGGAUCUCGGACUCGAUCACAUAUACACCACGUGGUACUUUGUAUCGCUCUUGGCGCUCCUGGGGGCGUCCUUGACGGCGUGUACGGUGACGAGGCAGUGGCCGGUGUGGAAACUUGCGGCGAAGUGGAAAUUCUUGGAUCGACGGGCGACGCUGCUUGCCAUGGACGAGUCAGAGUCCGUGCCCAGGGCUAGAUUGAGCGAUUUUAGCGAGUUACUAGCCGCGCGUGGGUACCAAGUUUUCGUCAAGGGGGAGAAAAUGUACGCGUUCAAGGGAUUGAUUGGGCGACUCGCGCCCAUCGGGGUACACGCGGCGUUGCUCUUCACCUUGGGUGGCGCCGCAUACAGCGGUCUCGGCGGACUCAGUGGAUCCAUGAUGGUCCCGGAUGGGUCAUCGUUCGAAAUAGGGUCAGGCUUGACGCGAGGCUCACUGUUAUCUUCCAUGCCUGGUGUCGCGAAAUCGAGCGUGCAGGUGAACGACUUUACAAUUGACUAUUUACCGAAUGGGCAAGUGUCGCAGUUUUAUUCCGACCUGAGUGUGGUGGAUCCGAAGGGCAAGGAGAUGUCCAGGAAGACAAUUUCGGUCAACGUUCCGUUAAGAAUCGGAGGAGUGACGAUGUAUCAGACCGAUUGGGCGCUAUCGUCCAUGCAAGUGACGGUGCAAAAGGCGAACGAAGAAGGUGGCUCUGGAGCGGGAAACACGUAUGUACUCCCCAUGGCGUCAUUGGAGGGUAAAGGAGGUUUCCAAGGUCGCAUUUGGGGUACGUUCUUACCAGUAGACUUCGACGGAGAUCAACGUCAGGGUAUUUCACUCGUCGCUCGCGAUUUUCAAAGCGUGGCAAUUUAUGAUAGCAAGGGGGCGUUUGUGGGCGUUCGCCGCCCGGAGAGUAAGAAGCCCAUAGAAGUUGAUGGAUUAAAAUUGGUGCUCGGAGACUUGAAGGGAAGCACUGGGUUGGAGCUGAAGACUGACCCUGGAGUGCCACUUGUGUACGCCGGGUUUGCGGGCCUCAUGGUGACUUCCUUCCUCUCCCUGCUGUCUCACUCGCAGGUUUGGGCGAUUCAGGAGGAGAGUGCCAUCGUUGUCGGUGGGAAGUCGAACAGAGCCAAGGAAGAGUUCAGAACCGAACUCGACGAUAUUUUAAAUUCCGUUCCGGAGUAUGUCGAUUAG